AUGAACCUUCCAGGCAGCCAGUUCUUCAUCACGUACAAGGCCCACGCGCACCUCAACGGAAAGUACACCGUGUUUGGCCAGGUCAUCGACGGCCUCGACACGCUGGACAAGAUGGAGAAGGUCCCGGUGGACCCCUCAAACGACAGGCCAAAGCAGGAGCUGCGCAUCAACAGGGUCACCCUGCACGCCAACCCGCUCGCAAGCUAG